UUGACAUUUUUCGAAAGUAGAUAAAACCAAAAUUAUAUACACAAAACUGCCUGACAAACAAUACGAAUAAAUUAUGCCUGAUAGAAAUGAAGAGCUGGAGGAUAAAAGGAGGAACAACAGUCAUGCUAGUCUGCUCAUGACCGCAUCGUCUACUCAUGUUCGGCAUAAUGAAAGUCACACCAGUUUGAAUCGUAGUGCUCAUAAUCUGAGUUAUCCCAAGAACAAGGACGAAAAUGAUCAAGCUUACAUGACCAAUAGCUCCCUGCUGUCGAAUGAUUUUGUGCUAAUGUUGGAUUGUUCACCCACUAUUGAAGAGACUUUCUGCGAAGAAUCAGACGAAUUCAGGAUAGCUUGGCUGUGGCUCAACAAAUUAACCACUAUGCAUUGCAAUAAUCUCUCUGAUCUGCGCAUGCGUAACGCUUACAUGAGUCACUUUAUUGUCUGUCUAAACCAAAGGCGUUUGACGGGGAUUUUUCAGGAGCCUCCGCCUGCGGAGUUGAUUUGGGUUAACUUUUCGGAGAAUCAAGCUCACCAGUCAAUGGGUAUGGCCAAACCUUUAGAUUGUUGUAAUGAUCGAAAUCAAUCUCAUCGAGCUGCGCCGGCUUCCGCUUCAUCAUGUACCUGUACCGAAUAUCGCACAUCGGAGUUUUGGGAUUCCUAUUCAAAUAGUGGUCGUCCUUCGGGUGGAACUGCCACAUCAUCACCCAAAUCGCCGAUUAUCAAAAGGCGUCAACUUCUCCGAUCCGUGCUCACAACCAGUGACGAGGAAAUACAUCAGAUAUACCGCAACAACAAGGCCAACUUUCACUUGAACCGCUCCUCCACCUGUGCCCAGUUGUCCACCAGUCGUUCCCAAUCCUCGCCAGCUAAAUUUGCGCCCAGAAAGAAAGUUCCGAAUGCCUUCCGGGGUUCGGAUAGCCGUAAGUUCCCCGAAGAUGCCCGACACCGAAUGGUCAUUCUGAUGGAACUUAUCAGGAAAGAAUUACGCGGCGAACCGGAUCUAGAACAAAAGGACAUUUUGGAGGCGGAACUGAAGCGAUACCGGGAGUUUUUCGAACAGCAUAUGCAGGACAACUCCGAUUUUGAGUCACAUCUGGGUGGGGAUUCCAACUCGGAGCGCACUCGCCUGCUUCUCAAUAUGCAAACAGAUCUGAUCAGGAUGCUGAAAGAGGGCGUGGCGUGAUCAAAACCAAUUUUAAUAAUCAAAAAAAGUGUAUUUUAAGUAUUUUUAGAGGUGUGACAAGAAUAAUUCAGUAAUAAAACAUUUUAUUUUUUGGGAAAUUAA